UGUUUCAAAAUCAUUUCGAACCGAAACUAUUUUCAAACUAAAAACUGACUCCAAUCGGGAAGCAGGGGGAUCCAGCCCAAAACCAGAGCGGGGCCUGGUUUCCGGUUUCAAAAUUACAAGUUUCCACUUCUAAGCUUGCCCCAAUUGCUAAAGAUUCACUUCAGACUGAGCUCACGAAGAAAAGGAGAGCGCCAUGGAAGAUCUGAGGAAGCUGGAAGAAGAGCAGAGAAUGCUUAUGUUCAUGCAGUCGCAUGGCGUCGUUUCCUCCUCGAAUAAAGAUUCUAGCCGCUUCCUCGCUAAUCUAAUCCUCCUCGUGAUAAAGCCAUGCGGCAAUCUCGACUUGAACGAAAAGUGCAGUUUGAUUUGUGAACAAAUACCUAAGAUUUCUUCUUCUUUCCUCGAGCAAGCCUCGCUCUUGUUUAAUUCUCAAGGUCCAGUGCAAAUGGAAGACAAGGUUUCAGGGUUUCAAAAAAGUUGUGUUGGAAGUUUUCCGUCACCUGUUAGUGAUAGAAAAGAUAAUGGAUUGAAGAAAAAGGAUUUUGAAGAUAUGGCUGUGGUUGGCUUGGAUGCCAUGCAACGAGCGAAUUCUACCCUUGAGGAUUUUUGCAGGUCUUAUUUUAUGUUUCAUGGAAUGGACAUGAACCAUCCACAAUCAAUAUUCAAAUUUUUACCUGUGCUUUCAUUCACAGAAAGCUACAUAUAUCAGAUGGAUAGUUUGAAUGAAAAGAUGGUGAAUUUGCCAACCAAGGAAGUUGCAUUUCUAGAAAGUGGACUUGAGAUGCCGAAAGGAAAUGAAAGCUGGAUUACUAACUGUAUAGAUGUAUUCAUAACUGAUCCAUUCAGGCCACUUAUGAAUCAACUUGAACAUCAUGACCUUUUAACGAAGAGGAUUAUAGAAGAAUUCAGAUGUGGAGAAGAGUAUUGGGCUUUGGAAAGAAAACUUUGUUCUGCACUUAUCAACCAAAAAGAGAUCUCUGUUGAAGAUGUAAUGAGGGCUAUCCAUCUGAAAUCAUUUGAUUAUCGAGUACUGAAUCUUCUCCUGUACCGGUUGAGAGGAGAAAAGGUGAAUGACUUGCAUAUGGAAUUUCUAUCGAUCUCGGAGUUUCUAGUGGAAGUAUCUGACGACCUGUUUGAUUACGAGGAUGAUGUGCUAGAGAAUAAUUUCAAUAUCUUGCGCAUGUUUGUGAGAAUAUUUGGACCUUCAACAGCCCCCAUUAUGUUGGCAAAUUACAUUGCUGAGGCUGAAGAGAAGUACAACAAUUUGUUGAACACCUUGGACCCACAAUUGCGCUCAAGUUACCAGAGGAGAUGCGAGGAAGCUACUAAAGAAGGUGGGAAUAUAUCUGGACAUCCUCUUGGAACAUGGAGUAUACCACCUGUGAUAGUAGACGAAGAACUGCAUCGAUCAAACUAUUUAAGUUCUAAAUGAAUAAUGGCUACCACCAGGUCGAGCUCAAAUGCUGGACGUGCAUGCAAUCCAAUUGCAGGGAGGAUGCAUUAGGAAUCCUACGAAUCCAAGACCCGUUUGAAAUACAAAAUCCAAGCCUACUUUAUCAAUCAGCGAGCAUGUUCCCCAGCCCUAAGCUAAUGGUGGUACAAAUCAAAUUCACUCUGCUCUUGAACCAAAUACAAACGGGUUGUGCAGAUUUAUGUAGUUAUUAUUUAUAUUAAACCUUAUGGUACGUUUUGUUCCUGCAUUUGCAAACUUUUAUAAAAGGAUUCUUCGGCGUCA